CCUUUAACUCUUUAAAUUUCUGUGUCUGAAAGAAGUGGAGCGGUGUGUUAAUAAAUGACCUCCUUAAACAUGUUGGAUUCAAGAGGGAACGACACCAGGGGAAGCGAGAGUCUGCAAAUGUUGACCAACUUCAAACAGAACAAUAACGGCUUUCUUAUCACUGAUCCCAGGCCACCAGAAUACGUACACGCUGUGCACAAGAAGACUGUGAAAGAACUGCUCAUGAUGAGACGCAAGAAACUGAACUGCUCACAGGACGACAACAACUUGGUGCAUACAUUUAAAUGUACAAAAUUCGAAGCUUUUCCCAAUGACCUGAGUCCUCACCUGUUGGGCCCUUCAGGAUCGGUUAACUCCAAUAUUACGUAUAAUGUCCCCCAUGCUCCUCCUGAAAAUGGUCACAUUGCCCCACAAGAACAUCUGCAAAAUCCGCCUCUGCAGGGACAAGUGGCUCCGACUGCUGAAGUAAAAAUGACUUUAUUUCACUGGCAAGUACAGCGAGAGGCACAGAGGAUUGAAAGAGUUUCUCCUGAGCUGCUGAACAUGCAAGAUGCGGAUGGUGACACUUGUCUUCACAUAGCAGUGGCACAAGGUAGACGGGCUCUGGCUUAUGUGCUUGCUACAAAAAUGGCUCAAUGUGGCUCUCUGGACACGAAGGAACACAAUGGGCAGACAGCUCUUCAGAUAGCAGCUGCCACUAACCAGCAGCUCAUAGUUCACGAUCUGCUGGCACAAGGAGCACAAAUCAACACUCGAGACAUCUGGGGGCGAUCUCCUUUACACGUGUGUGCUGAGAAAGGCCAUUUUUCCAGUCUUCAGAGCAUCUGGAGGACCCUUAUGGGGAGUGGAGUUUAA